AUUCGGUUCGACAACGACGUAAAUAUUUGAUCCCCCUACACUGGGACUGGAAGAUGUCAGAACAAACAUUAACGACUCAACAAUCCAAUGAAAAACCAAAAAAGACAUUUGAAAAGGUAGUCGCCUCCUUGGAAGCAUUAUCUGUUGACACUAAGAAGAUUUUUGAGAAUUAUAUAGAAGUUACCGAUACCUACUAUGUUGGACAUGAGCCGCUACCAUUUGAUGUGUGGUUGGAGGCUAAAAUGCCUUCUAUCGUCAGAAGAGAUGGUGACUUUAUUGGAGUCUUAAGACCGAGUAAAGAAAAAAAGAGGAACACAGAAACAGAAGAAUCUAAAACAGACGAGGACGAGGAAGAUUCUAAAACAGACGAAGAUGAGGAAGAUUCUAAAACAGACGAAGACAAGGAAGAUUGUUCCUCAACAGAUGAAGAUAGUUCAUCAACAGAUGACGAUGAAGAUGAAGAAGAAGAUAGGUUUCCGCCACAUGUUAUGAAGAUGAUGUACGCUUUCUCAAAAGCGAUUGACUCAGGACAGGAAGUCACAAAACAGCUACUUUUUGAUUUAGCUAAGCGGUUUGAUGUCACCUCCGGAAAGUGGAUGCUGAUUCCAGUCACAACUGGACUCAAGGUUGAUGUUCUGUGGACCAAGGUGGCUCGAGCUAUUGCUGAAGGCAGCAUUCCAUGCUGUCACUAUGCCAAGGUGUCCACUAUGACUCCUGAAAAGUUGAAUUCAAAUGCUGUAAAUCAUGUCAUUUGUAUCUACAACAACGAUUUUCUCAAUUUGGAUGAAGUUAGAGAUCUGGAAAGCGGUAUUCGUUCAAUUGGAAUACGAGGGAAGCUAUCUUACAAACCUGAUAUUUUCACAUACUGUGGUGUAUACAGGAGAAAUCAGUGGGGGAUAUCUCCGAUCAUUUACCAAAGUAACUAUGACAUCAAAUCCAAGCAGUCAAAGAUUGAUUUGUUUUAGGAGAAUUACGAUCAUACUCCAUAAACUGUGGUAUUCAAAAUGCAGUGAGGACAUACCUUGUUUUGGAAAAUGUUUCCAUAAAAAAUUGCUUUUAGUACUGUAUAUACCCCAAUGUUUAAGUUGCAAUUGCUGAUCUGUGACCUUGUUGAUUACAUUGAUUUCUGUUUUAAUGACUUAUGUUUCCUGUUGGUAGACAGCCAUAUAUGGUAAAUAUCUGUCAAAGUACAGUAAUGAUCUUGUUUUGGGAAAUAUGUUUAAUUGUCAAAUGUUGAUCGAUUACCUGGAGUUGGUUUCUAUUUCCAUGUGCCAUUAAUGUAAUUGCUGUUGAUAGAGAGCCUCACUGUACAUUUUUCUCGUCCAAAUUACAUGUACUUGAAAACAUUUACCUUAAUUAAUAUCACAAGUAGAUUUAAGUAUUGAGGUGAAGGUGCUUGAAUUAUAUAAAAAAUCUGCAUUUAGCACAAGCUCCGAUAUAGUUAUUCUGAACACUAUUAUUUACAGCAUUAACAAAAGCAAUCAACCACUAUAUGUACAAAGAUCAUGACAUUGUCAAAUUAAUUUUAUUUUGCCACCUGAGACAAAGUCCCAAGUGAUCUAUUCUAAUCGCCUUUAGUCUGUCCUUGUGUGUCGUCUAUCAUGCAUUCCUAACAAUUGAAAUUUUUGAUUUUUUCUUAGAAACCCCUUAACCAAAUUCAAUGAAAUUUUGUAGGAACCAUCCAUGGCAAAAGGUCAACGAAAUUUGUUAAUUAUUUGGUCCCCAACCCACAGGGGACUGAGGGGCAGGACCAAAAAGAGUCAAAUUAACUGAAAUUUCAAUGAUCUUCUUCUCAAGAUCCCAAUAAUGUAGAAUCGAGUACUCUUCAUAAAUGGAAAGUUCUUAAGCUAAGGUGCUUCACCAAAAUUUUGAAUUUCCUGACUCUGGGGUGUCAUGUUUGCCCCUAAGGAGGGAGUAAACAUUACAAUAGUUUAUAUAGGAAAAUCACAUUUUUGACUAUCAUUUGAUGAACUUUUAUUGGAAUUAAUUCUAACUUGGUUUGAAUUAUCAGUAUGGGAUUGUAGUUAGACUGUAUGCACAUGUUGGGACUGGCUGACCCUCAGGGGCUGAUGGGUGGGACCAAAAAGACUUAAAGUUUCGAAAAUAAUCUUGAGACCCAAAUAAAGUAGGAUCAAAGACUCUUCAUAGAUGGAAGAGUCUUAAAGUUGCUUUCCCAAAAUAGUAAAUUUUAUUACCCUGGGGUCUCACGUUUGCCCCAGGGGAGGGGGUAAACUUAACUGUAGUUUAAAGUGGGAAAUUACAUUUUUCAGGAUGAUUUGUUCAAUUGCCAUUGGAAAUAAUUAAGACAAACUUGGUUAGAAUUAUAAAUAUGGGAUGGCAGGGGUCGAUGGGUAGGCCCAAAAAGGGUCAAAUUGACUUAAAUAUUUCAGAGCUCAGGUGACCGUUCAGGCCUAUGGGCAUCUUAUUACUGAAAUUACAGUAUGUAUUAGUAAGCUGUAUUCUUACUGUGGUUUUUAGACCCUAGUCAGCUGUAAGUGCCAAAAUCAAAAGCUUAAAAAGCUUAUAAAAUGUUCUUAAGUUCUUGUUAUUGGUUUAAUGUUGUUAGCUUUGUAUUUGCAUCAUAUCAAAUAUGAUUAAUCAAUUGUAUGUUUUUAUUUUGUGUUAUAAAAUUAGUUAUCAACUCAAAUAAAUUGCUUAAUAAUUGAUGAGA